CAAAGGACAGGGUUUGUUUGUGACCCUAAAGCUGCUCCCUGGAGAUGUGUUUCAGGUUCAAAAACAUUACCCUCAUUUUGUGGAUCGCACAACAGCUAUAGUCAGGAAAAUGGGCUUCCCUGAAAUUAUCCUGCCAGGUUAUGUAAGGAAUGAUAUAUAUGUUACGCUGCUACAAGGAGAAUUUGAUCGUGGCAAGAAGAAAACCCCCAAAAAUGUAGAAGUUAUAAUGAGCGUGUUGGAUGAAGAAGGAAAUCCCAUGGAGAAAGCCAUAUUUCCUGGAGCUGGUUAUGAAGGGAUCACUGAAUACAAGUCUGUCAUCUACUAUCAAGUCAAGCAGCCCUGCUGGAAUGAGACAGUUAAG